CGUUGAAAAGAGACAAAGACAGGAAAUUUAAAAACAAAACGAAAAGUUUUGGCGGCAAAUGAAAAAAACCGUCCAUAACGCUGCCACAAAGUAAGAAAGAACCACAAAUGCAGUCCAAGAUCACCGCUUUCUUCAGAUCCACCCCAGCUUCCUCUUCUUCCGACAAUGAAAAUGAUUUGUCAGUCUGGGAGAAUCAGCGACACCACAUCAUCAACACCUACACCCGAAGGCGCCCAAACCCUAGCGCCGGUACUUCGGAUCCCAAACCCGUAACACUCGUCAAAAACAAGAAGAGAAGCUACGCUCAGUUUCACCUUGAUUUUGGCCAAUCCGAUUUCCUCUUACGCGCAUGUCCUACGUGCGGUGUGAAGUUCACUCCCGGCGAUCCACAAGACGAGAAAUCCCACAACGAAUUUCACAAAUCAUACACGCAGGGAGUCCAGUUCAGAGGUUGGACCAAAGAAAAUGUUAUUUCUCUACCCAGUUUGGAUUCGGGUCGGGUCAUUUUGUUAUCGGAGUCCGACCCGUUUUAUCACAGGAAGAAAAUUGAAGAGGUGGUGAGGAUGAUGGAAAUUGAUAUUGGAAGUGGGUGGAUACUUCAUGAGCGCUGUAAGGUGUAUCUGUUUGUUUCUCUUAAUAGGGUUGCUGGGUGUCUCGUUGCUGAACCAAUUGAAAAGGCAUUCAAAGUUGUGUCUAGCUCUGGUGCUGGACCCGUUCAUAGCGCGAAGAAAAGGGGAGUGACGGCGCGUUCUACAACUCUUCAGUUUGGGAAUGUUAUUUUUCAAAGGGAGCUCCAAAGAAAAGUUGUUAAUGUGAGUGAUAUCGAAAAGAUGGAAGGGGCAAUCUUCUGUGACAGCGAACCGACUGCUGCUGCUUGUGGCGUUAGGGCCAUUUGGAUUACUCCCUCCAACAGAAGAAAAGGCAUUGCAACCCAGUUGCUAGAGGCAGUGAGGAAGAGUUUCUGCCCCGGUCUUGAGCUUGGACGUUCUCAGUUAGCAUUCUCCCAGCCUACCUCUGCUGGAAAGGCAUUAGCAACUAGUUAUACUGGCACUGGGUCAUUCUUGGCCUAUUAAAGCCAACAAAACAGUUUAUUAGUGAUUCACUAUCUUGACUGUUAAUAGGCUUUGUCAUUUUGAGUUGAUUUUACCAUUUAGUUGUUGAGAGCCCUUGGCUGCAGGAAGUCUCUAAUAUUGGAACUCAAUUGGUGGCUGGAGUUUAUCAGGGCCAGCAAAAUGCUUUUAGGCAGCCCCAACAGGCCUGGAAGAACGACAAUCAAGGAUAACAGCAGCAGUAUAGUUAUGGGGGGAGAGAUAUACCUAAUAUGAGAUAUGUGCCACCACCACAUCUGCAAACACAGUUGUUUGUCCAGCAGCCCCAUAAUCAAAUGCAACAGAUCAAUCAACAGGCUCAACAGUUCAAGCAGAAUGUAGGAUCCAAUCCUGGGCAGUUCCAGCAGUUUGGACAAUCAGGUUUUGCACCACAACAGCAAGCCAAAGUUCAACAAUAGAAGCUACAUUUGAAGAUUUAAAAACUCAAAUUGGACAAUUUGCUAGUGCUGUGAAUGAACUUGUUCAACAGAAGUGAAGUGCAAUUCCUUCUCAAACAGUGGUCAACCCAAAAGCAAGUCUAGAGUAGUGAUAGAUCUGUGUGGAUGUUUCAGUUUCAUUCUUCUUUGUAAUUCUCAUUUAGUUGGAACAUUUUCAUUUGAUUUUUUGCUGUUUCCAAGAACCAUUUUUAAUUCUCUAUUAACAAGUUGUGAAUAAUUCUCCCCCGCACCGUAUAAAUGUAAAUUCAAAGUUUGCAGGGUGCUUUCUCUGCUGUUUUAGUUUGCUUUUACUGGUAUGCUGUUACUUUUGCAUUUCUUCUCUUUUUUAGUUAGCUAGGAUUAGAUACUAGGCCUGUUCUUAGUUUUGAUUUCAUAUUUCGUUAUCUUUUAGUUAGAUUCACUGUUUAGUAAUUGUUUUCUUAUUUUCGUAGAUGUUCAAGCAUUUUGCUGUUUUUGGGA